GCGGCGCGCAGGGGGUGCUCGCGGCGCCUCGGCUCGGCCAUGGUGCAGGCCUGGUACAUGGACGAGUCCGCCGACGACCCGAGGCGGCCCCACCGCGCCGAGCCCAGCCGCCCAGUUGGCCUGGAGCAGCUGCGCCGGCUCGGGGUGCUUUAUUGGAAGUUGGAUGCUGACAAAUAUGAGAAUGAUCCAGAAUUAGAAAAGAUCCGACAAGAGAGAAACUACUGCUGGAUGGACAUAAUAACCAUAUGCAAGGAUAAACUGCCAAAUUAUGAAGACAAGAUUAAGGUGUUCUACGAGGAGCACCUGCACCUGGAUGACGAGAUCCGCUACAUCCUGGACGGCAGCGGCUACUUCGACGUGCGGGACAAAGAGGACCGGUGGAUCCGCAUCUUCAUGGAGAAGGGGGACAUGAUAACCCUACCCGCGGGCAUCUACCACCGCUUCUCGCUGGACGAGCAGAACUACGUGAAGGCCAUGCGGCUGUUUGUGGGAGACCCUGUGUGGACGGCAUACAACCGGCCCGCCGACCACUUCGAGGCCCGGGGCCGGUACCUGGAGUUUCUGGCUCAGACAGUGUAGCGGCGCUCACGGGCCAGGCCGCCUUCGCCUGGUCCCGAAUCCCAGCAGAGAGUCCGUCCUCCUCUUCCGCCGUAGAUGUGGGGCUGGGUGAGCUUUCCUUGGCAGGACUGUCCGAUCAGUGUGUUUAACGAAGGGAGCUUCAUUAUAAAAGUGAUUUUUACGUGGCAGCAACUCUGGGACGGUGGACAAGCCACGU